CUCCGAGCUAUCCACCUGCAUCUUGAGAGCCGCGACCCUUGCACACCAGGGCCCGCUCUCGCAUUCUUCACCGUCCUCCGACAGAUUGAGCGUCUAGAAGGACAAGCGCGAAAGGCGCUUUAACUCCUCAACAUGUCCAUCGCUUCCAAGAACCUCUACGAGUUGCUGGGCAACGACCCAGAGCUCGACCCCGAGCGCGCUACCCCCCAGCCGCCGGUCAAGACUGUCGACAAGCCCGCUGCGAGAACCGGCAAGCGUAAUGCUCCCGCCGAAGCUCCUGCACGGUCCGGCGCCGCUACCACUUCUUCCCGCCCUCCCCGGGACUCUGGCAACGCCAACGAGAACUACAUUCGGGAUCGCAACGUAGGUGCGGAUAAGAACCGUAGCCGAGGUGCAGGUUUUGACCGUGAGGGUGGUGAUGCCCCUCGUGAGGGUGGCCGCGGACGUGGACGUGGUGGUCGCGGAGGUCGCGGUGGCCGUGGUGGCGCUAGGGGCGACCGCCAGAGCCGUGGCGUUGUCGGCGACCACGAGAAGCAAGUCGCUCACGGAUGGGGAGCUACCAGCGGUGAAGGCGAGUUGGCCGACGAGACCGCCGGCGAGGCCAUCGCCCAGAAGGACGAGAAGGAGGCCGUCGCUGAGGACGCCGCUCCCGAAGACGUCGCUGAGCCCGAGCCUGAGGACAAGACCAAGUCCUACGAGCAGUACCUCGCUGAGCUCGCUCAGAAGAAGCUUGACCUUGGCGAGCAGAAGGUGCGCAAGGCCAACGAGGGCAGCUCUGCCAAGUUCCCCGAGGGCAAGGCCGUUACCCGCGAGGAGAACGAGGAGUACUUUGCCGGAACCGGAGGCAAGAAGCAGCGCACUCGUGAGCGCAAGGAGAAGGCUUUCGUUGAGCUCGACGGAGACCGCCUGCUCCAGCCUCCUCCCCGCGAGAACACUGGCGGACGCGGCCGUGGUGGUCGUGGCCGUGGCGAGGGCCGUGGCGGUCGUGGCGGCGACUCCCGUGGCCGUGGUCGCGGUGAAGGUCGCGGCGAGGGCCGUGGCGGCGGCGGACGUGGCCCCCGUGGUGGCGCCCAGUCCGGCCCCAACCUCAACGACAACAACGCUUUCCCCAGCCUGGGUGCAUAGUGUGUUUCCCUGAUUGCGGAAACGGCAUGAACUGCGAACGUCAUGCCUACCUGAUGGUUUAACGACCGUCAUCUGAACAGUGUGAAUGCAACAUGAAAGGAAAUGUGGGCCGAUCGGCCGUCAGGACAAAAAGAUUUACGGGUCUCACAAGGAACGGGGUGGCGGG